ACCGCAGUUUUACUUCUCUUCCCUUCUCUCCGGCCAAGAUAACCGCCCAUAAACAAUGCUCCGGCUAAGCAACGCCGCUGUAAUAACAACCAAUGCAAUCCUCGCAUUGAUCGGCCUCGCAACUCUAUCUUUCUCCAUCUACGUCUUCGUUCACGGUCCAUCACAGUGUCAACGCUUCGUUCAAAACCCUCUCAUCGUGACAGCGACUCUCCUUUUCUUCAUCUCCACCUUAGGCCUUAUCGCUGCACUCUACGGUAGCCACAUCAUCAUCACUCUCUACCUUUUUUUCCUCUUCCUCUCCAUCCUUCUUCUCCUUGCCCUCUCUAUCUUCAUCUUCCUUGUCACGAAUCCCACCGCCGGAAAAGCGUUUUCCGGCAAAGGAAUAGGUCAUGCCAAGACCGGAGAUCUCCAGAACUGGAUCGGGAACCAUUUCCUUCGAGGGAAGAACUGGGAAGGGAUCACCAAAUGUUUGUCUGAUUCUAGGGUUUGUAAGAGGUUUGGUCCACAAGACGUUGACUUCGACUCCAAACAUCUCUCGAACGUGAAGUUUGGUUGUUGUCGACCUCCCGUAGAAUGUGGGUUCGAAUCAAAAAAUGCCACGUUCUGGACACUUCCGGAGACAUCAACUGCAGCGAUGGUAGGGGAUUGUAAAGCAUGGAGUAACACUCAGAGCCAGUUAUGUUACGCGUGCGAGUCGUGUAAGAUUGGAGUUUUGAAAGGGAUAAGAAAAAGAUGGAGAAUUCUUCUCUUGUUUAAUCUUCUUCUCAUACUUCUCGUCGUGUUUCUUUACUCAUGUGGCUGCUGUGUCAGAAAUAACAAUCGUGUUCCAUGGAAGCGCCGGUUCCUCUAAAACUCCUUCCACCUUUUUUCCUAAUUAUUUUAUUAUUUCUUCUAUUUUUAUUUUGAAUAUUAGUUAGUUGGUGUGAUGUUUCUCUUCUAGUGAAAUAUAAUUGUCUUUGUUAUGAAUAUUGGUUUGAGAAAAAUGGAUUUUGGCUAUGUUGUUUGACAAAAAAAAAAAAGGCUAUGUUAUUGUGUGAAUGUCAAUGGCAGGAACCUUCAUAAUAUGUGAGCAUUGCAUAAUAGACAGACUAUUCCAAUGUAUUCUGAUUAAUAAUUCACGUUUGCUCACUCAUUUGAGUUUGGAUAAAAAUAAAUAGAAAAAAGAGUUACACAUGUAUGUGAAUUAAUUAAC